CUCUUUUAUUACUCGCAUUCCCAAAGCCUGAUGAUCACCCCGAUGCAAUAAGUCGUUAGCCAAUCUUACGAUCCAUAUCAACGGAACCGCCGUUAGCCCAUUGACUUGCCACUAACACCUUUGCGGUGGUUCCGUCGGAUAUUCCACUUUUCCCCCGCAGCGUACCCCGGACACUCACAUCGGCAAGAAGAAGCCGUCUCCGCUCGGUUAUUCAAUGUUCAGCUUCAGCUAAAGCCAUUCGAUUGAGAAAUCAUCCCUCAUGAUAUCUCUAUGAGCCCAAUUGAGCAUUUUUUGGUGGCAUUGGCUCUUCAUCCCUGAAUAGUGUUAGGCGAAGGCCGAUGGUUUGGCAUCCAAUAGCGUGCAGAGCCCCAAGCUAUCGCCCUUUACAGCCAUGAGCGAUGCUGGAGAACAUGUCCGAGGAAGACCCUUGAGGAACGUCACCUUGCGAGUAUCGCAAAUCUUCUCAGCAUGUACUUUCUGUAAAGCUCGGAAGAUCAAGUGCAAUGGAGCAACUCCAGCUUGCGGUGGAUGUGUCAAAUUCGGACGCCAAGCAACAUGUUCCCUCUCAACAGAGUCUCUAAAUCGUGGGCGCGAUUAUCCGACUUACCUUCGACAAAAGAUUGAAGCUGCGCAGCAACGUCUCAGCCAACACAACGCUAGACAAAACAAUUUCACUUCGCCGUCAGAUACUGAGCGGUCCAACCGAAAUGAAUCGGUAGAAACCCAUCAACGAUCUAUCAUCGACUCUCUCAUAGCAGAUAUCGGAGCACUCCCCAUUAUAGCAUGUUCGUAUCCAUCGGCUGCAGAGGGGCCAACACUAUCUUCACUUGUGCUGGCGACUGCAAGCACGAAUCAACUCUCAUCAGCCUUGCGGUUAACUCAAGCUAAUGAUGCCGCUCCAUGUCUACCCAAGGAGUCAACCGCCUUGAGUCUUGCGAAACAUUACUUUGACCAAGUCUAUCCUCGUAUUCCCUUCUUCUCUAUCCAGGGCUUCUGGGUGCAAUUCGAGCAUGUCUUCUCUGGCGUUGAUCCUCCUCGCGAGCGCGGACAAGAUGACCCACCACAAGAUCCAGCGAGUGUUCUAACACCGAGUCAAGAUGAUCUUGAUCGCUCUUCGAUAAGUCAUGGGUAUAGCUACUUCACAGUUCUGCUGGUGCUGGCUAUAUCAGCUUCCAGUCUAUCACGAAGCGCCGACAGCGUGAUAUCAACGCAAGCUCAACGACUCUUCCGCACAGCGUUAACAUUUCGUGAGUCAGCAAUUCUACCAAACACUAUCGUUGGCGUCCAGUCAAUAUUAUUUUUGAUCCAAUUCGCCACUCUCAACCCUUCAUUACUCGACGCCUGGUAUCUUAUCGGUGUCGGCAUGCGCAUGUGCGUUGAUCUUGGGCUGCAUCAAGAUCCGCAGCCUCUCGAUUCAGUCGCGACAAGUCUCUUGGAAACACGACGCCGUCUAUGGUGGAGUAUGUACUCUUUCGACCGGUCCAUGAGUUUGGGCUGCGGACGGCCCACCGAGAUAUCUGACUCAGCUAUAAACGUAUCCCUGCCUACCUUCAGAAUCGAGACUUCAGCCACAGCUGUCGAGGUCCACGGGUAUCUGCAGCGAUACCGCGCGCUCCAAAUACAGUCUGAGAUAUACAAUCGCCUUAAUAAGUCUCCAAGCUCUGAAACAGGCGACGCACGAAUAGUCCAUGAACAACUUUGCAACAAGUUGGGCGAUUGGAAAGACUCAAGCUCACAGCUACCGAAUAAGACCCUCAUCGAAAGUGAAUGGUUGAUGGGUCGUAUGUUGUUGUUGAGGCCCUGCAGACUCUUACCUCAACGAACGCAUGACGAGCUUGGUGAACUGUGGCAAGCAGCUGUUGGAUUCAUCGCGAUAUAUCGCCGGUUAGUGGAGUCUAACUCAAUCUUUUACGUGCAGAUCGCCUGCGAGAAAGUAUACUGGACCGGGCUUAUGGCGUUCUACAGCUACUGGCAGCUCCGUACCAGCACCAACAGAGAUGUCGCUGCCAUGCGGCGGCGGGAUGUUUGGAUGGUGGUCAAAGAUGUCAUGCUCAUCCUUCGAGCGUUGAGUGAGCGAUGGGAACAGGGGAAAUUGCUAUGUGGACGGUUCGAUGAUGUGAGCACCCGUGUCCUGGAGCUUUCUGAAACAGAUAUGGGAGAUAACAUGGCGAUCGAAUUGCCUGUCGAGUUGGAGAAUUUAGAGCAGUAUACAAGCUUGACCGUCGUUUGGGCUUCGGGAGACAAAGAAUGGGAUCGGAGGGAUGAACAUGCGCUGGACACAAACGAGCUUCGACAUCUAGUAUCCGAGAUGUUAUAGUUGGAGGGAAAUUAAAAUUCAUUCAUGGUCUCUACAUGGUCGAGCGUGGUGACGUUUGCAUGCGGCUGAAUCUCUGCAGGAUGGAACUCUGCUGCCUAUUUAUGUGGAGUAUUAGAUCUUGGCACCCCAUCAAAUAAAUCAUAACUACUACUCUUGUG